CUUUACCCUCUAAUUAUCGUGAAUCUUCUAUACCUAUCACUCUCUCUCUUUUUUUUUUUUAAAAAAAAAAGAAACCAUUAUAUAUUGUAUUUUUCAAAGAAAAAAAUAUAUUUAACUUAACAGUUCCACUCAUUAUACGACUUAUGGACAUUAAUCAAGAAUCUUGCACUCAUGAAGUACAAUUCAAUAAUCUGUGUGCCUUUUGUGGAUUGAACUUGGAACAUGCAGAAGAUCAAACAACUCAAGUAGAUAUCACUCAUAAUCGACCUGGUUUGACUGUUUCUAAAAAGGAAGCUGAACGAUUAGAACAAGAAGAUGCAAUACGAUUACUGAAAGAACGUAAACUUAUCUUGGUAGUUGAUUUAGAUCAAACUAUUGUACAUGCUACUUGGGAUCCUACAGUACGAGAGUGGAUGGACGACGAAACAAAUGCAAAUCAUGAAGCAACAAAAGAUAUACGACAAUUUGAAUUACCCGAAUCACCUUUAGUAUAUUAUUUAAAACUAAGACCUGGUGCUUCCGAAUUCUUGACAAAACUAUCAAAAUUAUAUGAAUUACAUGUAUAUACUAUGGGAACUCGACAAUAUGCUGAUGCUGUGGUUAAUGAAAUUGACAAGAAUCAUACUCUUUUUCAAGAUCGUAUUAUGUCUCGUGAUGAAAAUGAUCGGAAAUCACGAUAUGAAAAUGGAAGCUCUACGAAGAAAUCACUCGAUCGAUUAUUCUCUAGUGAUAAAUCUAUGGUUGCUAUUGUGGAUGAUCGUUUAGACGUAUGGGAUUAUUCUCCUCAUUUGGUGCAUAUUAAGCCUUAUGUCUUUUUCAAAGGUACUGGUGAUAUUAACUCUCCUUUUGCAAAUAAAAAGCAAUCAUUAGCACAACAAUUAAAGGAUGAGGAAAAUGAAAAACAACCUUUGAUUGACGGCACAAGUACGAAAGAAGACAUUGAAAAGGAGGUAUCAGCUGAAUUGGAAGAACAAAAACGAGAACAAGAUGCUUUGGCCAAACAACAACAACAAGAAAGACCGCUAGCUCAAAAACAACGUGAACUUGGUGCUUCUCAUCAACCAGUCUUAGUAGAUGAUGACAGAGUUCUAUAUAAUAAACUUGAAAUGCUGACACAAGUGCACAAAAACUUUUAUGAAGCUUAUGAUCGUGAAAUCCAAAAGAGAGGCGACAUCUCUCCUACUACCAAUCCAUUCACAUUAAUACCUAAUAUUGUGGAUUUUAUCAAUCCUUUCCGAAAGCAUGUUUUGGCAAAUGUUCACAUUGUAUUCUCUGGUAUGAUCAAAUUGGAUGCUGAUCCGAAAUCAUCUCAUUGGUGGAAGACGGCAGAAUCAUACGGGGCUACUUGUCAUCUUAACUUGUCAUCAAAAGUCACACAUUUGGUUGCUGCAAAGGCUGGUACUUCAAAAAUGAUGGAAGCAAACAAAUUAUUCCCCCAUAUCCGUGUUGUCAAUCCAAAUUGGUUGGUUGAUUCUAUCAAUCAUGAAGGUGCUCAAGAUGAAUCCUUAUACCGUCAUGCCUCAAAUGAACCUCCCUCUUCUCUUGGAAACUUAAAUGGAAAUGAUGAUGUAGCGAAUCCUGAAUCGACCCCUUUAGAUCUGGAAGAUGGUGCAUUUGACAAUAAUCAAUUGGAUUUAGAAGGUGUGGAUUGGAAUGAAGCUGACGACGAAGUAAAUGAAUUCCUCAGUGAUAGUAGUGAAGAAGACAUAUCAGAUCAAGAAGAUGAAGAUAUUAUGAACAUACAUUCUAAAACACUAGGAAAACGAUCCCAUGACGAUGAAGUGAAUGAAUCUGAAUCGGACGAAGAAUCAAUAUCAUCAAGCAAGAAAAGGAAAAUACUGUAUACAACGGAUGAUACCAACACAAUAGAUAAAUCAUCAUCAUUAAAUGUGGAUCAAGAAGGUUACUCAACAGGCGACGAACAGUCAGUAGAUGCAGAUGAUGAUCAUCAUGAUAGAGAUAACAGUAACAAGAUGUACAGUAACAACAAUAAUAAUAGUGAUGACGAUGAUGAUGAUAGCAGCGACGAUGAUGGAUCAACUGAACUAGAUGAUUUAGCGGAUCUAUUGGAUGAACAAAUGGAUUAAGUUUUAUUGUAGUAUCAGAUUUGCCCUCCUCCUUUUUUUUUUUUUCUUUUUACUUGUAGUUAUUUCAUUUCUUUGUUUAUUUUUGCUCUUUACUUUUUAUUUUAUGUCAUUGUCUUUAUAUAUAUAUAUAUUUUUACAUUAAUAGUUUUGAAAUUUUUUAUUAUCAUAUUUUUUUUUGUAUUAUAUCAUCAAAUAAAAAAUUUAAGGAAAAUGAAAGAAAAAA